UACAAGAAAGAAAAGCAAAUCGCAUCCUUUAAAUAAAAAUAAUAAAUAAAAUUCAGUCUAAUAUUACUUUUACUAUAGAGAAACCCUCUACAAUGUCAAGUUUAUAACGUCAUAUUUUUCAUUGACAAUUGUUGGCAAUACUGCAUCAUUAGCAAUUGUAUUAAUGUUUUUUUAAUUUAUAAAAAGUAAUAUUUCUUUAAAAAUGGUAAAUAAAUGUAUUGUUCACGGGUGUACAAGUGGAUGAGUCAAGGAUCGUAAUAAGAAUAUUAAAUUAAAUUAGAGAAAUACGUCUUUAUUCACUUUACCACAGGUAAUAUAACCUUAAUUGAUAGUUAUUAAUUACUAAUAUAAAAAAAUGCAAUGAUGCAAAUGGUAAAAAUUCUAGUCUUGUAAAAAGUGCAAUUUACGAUAAUAAAUUACAAUUUACUUUUAAUUGGACUUUUUAAAUUUAGUUUUCCAUCCUUUACUCAACUACGACUAAGUAAGAUGAAAUUGAAUAGAUUUACACAACAAGUGGACGAUAAUAUCUCGGGAAUAAUUGUAAAAUAAUAAAAAAUUUUUUCUUAUUGUUAUUUUUAACGUUAAUUAUAAGAUUUGGUUAAUUUAUUUUGACUAACGCGUGAGUACAAUUGUUACAUUCCCGUGAUAAUAAACAAGGUUUUAAAAACCUGAUAUUAGCCACAUUAACGCGGUCUAGUGGCAUAAUAUCUGUCCUGUCAUUUUCGAACAUUUCUAAUACAUUGCGAUCGCCCUCCUGUUAUCUAGGCUCCGUGAUCGGAAUUGUAAAUGAAACCAGCAUAACCACGAACGAGUGCGAGAAUUUGCGAGUAGGUAUUUUAGUACUAUUCAGUACUCUAAUCUGUAAUUGCCGUCAGUUGUAAUAAUUGCUGUAAAAAAUACGUAAGUGUGUAUAUGCGUCCAAAUGGCUUGGCUGUCAGAUAUUACAGAUAAAGUAGAGGACCUAUUGAAUAAGAUAGAUAAAAAUAGUGCAACUGUUUUGAACAGUGAUUAUUGGAAGCGCUACGAUAAUAAUAUUAUUACCAAAUCUUCCUUGGAAAAUUCAAAACAGUUUACACACGAAGAUAAUUUUCUCGAAUAUUUAAAUACAUCAUCCAAAGGUGUGACAAACACAGCAAUUGAAUCUGAAUUGUCAUCGCCAAUAUCUUCGUUAUUAAUGGAUCGGUCCACAAAUAAUGUAGAUCCCAGAUUGCAAUCGUCCACUCAGAGUAACGAAUCAAAUCCAGAAAACUCAUCUACUUCUACAAAUGCAAUUGAUACUGAAAAUUACAAUUUGGAAAAUGAUCUACAAAUUAGAAAUGUGCAUUUAAGAAAUCAAAUGCACAGAUAUCAAGAUAAUGCUUUCCAUACGCAAAUGCUACAAAGAACUGCAGAUAAUGAUCAUACUUUGGAAGCUGUCGAGCCAAAAUAUUCAUAUGAUUCCAAAUUGCAAUUAUUAGAAACGGAUGAAUUAAUGAUUUCACCUGAUUCUUUAUUAAAAUCUUCAUCUGAAACCUUAACAGAUCAUCAAAAACAAAUUAUAGUGUUAAGCAAUAAGUUACAAUCCUUAAGAACUACAAAUGUCCAAAUAUUAAAAGAAAUGGCAGAUUUACAAACUGCUCUUAGUAGAAGUAGAUUAGAAUUACUUUCAACUAGAUCUGAAUUAGAACAACAUAAAGCAAGAGCUUUUAGAAUACUACAAGACAAAGAGAAACUAAUAGCAGAGUUAAGGCGAAGUGAAUUUGCAGGCAUAGAUGAUGCUACACUUGUGGAAUUGAAACAAUUGAGGCAAGAGCGCGAUCUCCUCAGAGAAGAAAAUCAACAGACUCAUGAACAAUUAAGAACAGUACGCGAUGAAUUAAACGUUAGCGACCUUACUUUAGAAAAGAUGAGACAAAGAUAUAAUGAAGUCAAUUUAAAAUUUCAAGAAAGUCUUGCGAGCGAAAGACAAAGAAGACAAGAUGCGGAAGAAAUUGCAAGAUUACACUCAGAGGAGAUAAGGUCGUUAAAAGAUGAAAUGAUUAAUCAACAAAAUAAUUAUACUAUACAAAUACAAAAACAAGAUGCAGAAAUAUCGAGACUCCGUUUACAAGUGUCCGCAACGUCUACACCAAAUAGCGAAGUAGAAUCUAGAUUAGCAGCUCUUACACAAACUUUAGUUCUAAAACAACAAGCAUUAGAGAACAUAACUACAGAACGUAAUGCAUUACGUCUUCAGUUUGAAAAGCUAGAACACGAGUUCAGAACUAUUAUAAGAAAUUCCAAUAGAAAUGUAACGUACAGUAAUACAAAUGAUAAUGAUGACAUAAAAACUCAAGUUCCUAUGUUUUUAAUGGAAACACCAUUCGAUACUGGUGUCACGAGACGAGUGAAAAGAGCUUAUUCAUCAUUGGAUGCUAUUAGUAUUCGUACAGGAGUUUUUUUGAGACGAUACCCACUUGCAAGAAUUUUAGUUUUAAUUUAUAUGGCAUUACUUCAAUUCUGGGUUCUUGUGGUACUUUUUUCGCAAUCGCCAGAAGUACAUUGAUGUUAAUUAAGGCACUGGAAAUUUUUGUUAUUUGUAUA